AUGGCGAAUGCCUUGACUUCUAGAGAUGAGCCGAAACAGGCUGAAUACGCUGGAGACGAGGUUUCCGCCCUAGUUCUCGACCCCGGCUACGCGACAACCCGUGCAGGCUUUGCAGGAGAAGAUACACCCAAAUCAAUAGUGCCUACAUACUACGCAUCGACAGCGGAUCAGCGACGAUUCGGCGAUCAUGUCAUUGAUGUGCCGCGGGAAAACGUCGAAAUCAAAAAUCCACUGGGUUCAGAUGGAAUUGUGGAAGAUUGGGAGGCGGCGGAGGCUUUGUGGAAAUACUCGUUUGCUCACAAACUCACUGGGAUCCGUCCAAACCGAGCUCUACAGGAGUGGUUGAACGAUAGUAGCGCUGUGCCCGAUCUGCAGAAGGCCAUGGCUGAAGCGAUGGAUACUGAGAGAUGUCUCGAGGACCAUCCUUUGUUUAUGACUGAGCCGUCGUGGAACCCAACCAAGGCAAGAGAGAAGACUGCUGAGAUUGCGCUGGAGUCAUGGGCUGCGCCUGCCUUCUAUCUGGGUCGUGCCGGUGUCAUGGGUGCCUUUGCUGCUGGAAGACCCAGUGCGUUGGUGAUCGACUUCGGGGCUUCUCACGUCUCGGUGACCCCUGUGCAUGAUGGGAUGAUCCUGAAGAAGGGAGUGGCGAGAGCCAACAUCGGAGGCAACUAUUUGUCAUCACAAGUGCGGAGCAUGCUGGCUGCGAAUGAGACUGGUGCCGUCACCAUCACACCCCAUUAUUUGGUUCAGUCCAAACAACCGGUGGACGCGGGACAGCCAGCAAAUGCCAUUUUGAAGACGAUGCCUGACGGUUUCAAGUCGCCCCAGCCUUCUUUUCGCCGGUACCAGGAAGAGAAAGUGAUACUGGAAUUCAAGGAAUUGGGCCUACAAACAUGGUCCAAUCCCAACGCGCCAUUCCGUGGGCAGGGGGAAGUCAGCACACGAGAGCCACAAUUCGCUCAGCCGUUCGAGUUCCCGGACGGCUACAACCAAACAUUUUCGACCGAGCGAUUCAGAGUGGUUGAAUCACUCUUCGACCCACAGUGUUAUUACGCGCCACCUGCAGGUUCCGUGGACGCGACCCUUUACCCGGCGCCGGACGCAGCAAGUACGAUCCCCGGGCUGGUCCGUACUUGUCUCACGCAGGUUGACGUGGACAUUCGACCAUUCCUGCUCAGCAAUGUGGUGGUGACGGGAGCUAGUUCACUGAUUCGUGGCUUGCCCGACCGUCUGCAGCAGGAACUCACCAAAAUGUACCCGACGGCCAGAGUCCGGAUUCAGGCAUCGGGCAUGAGUGUGGAGCGGAAGUUUGGGUCGUGGAUCGGCGGGAGCAUCGUGUCGUCCCUUGGCACGUUCCACCAGAUGUGGAUUUCGAAGAAGGAGUACGAUGAGCAUGGUGCCAGCAUUGUGGAGAAAAGGUGCAAGUAA